UGAAGUGAAAAUAAUCCAAUGAAUUCUAUGAUGGCGUAUUUUCAUAUGCGUAAGGAGAAUUAUCAAAUGCGUCUUAUGAUGGACAAGUAUCAUAUGCGUUUUAUGGGGUCGAUUAAUACGCGUUUUAUGAUGGAGCAGUAUCAUAAGCGUCUUAUGUUGGAGAAUUAUAAUAUGCGUCUUAUGUUGGAGAAUUAUCAUAUGCGUUUUAUGGAGUCCUUUUAUAAUAUGCGUUUUAUGAUAGAGCAUUAUCAAAUGCGUUUUAUGAUAGAGCAUCAUCAUAUGCUCCUUAUUAUGUCGAAUUAUCAUUUGCUUCGUAUGAUGAAGAAUCUUGAGAUGUCGAAUUAUCAUUUGCGUCUUAUGGUGAAGAAUUAUCAAAAUCCUUCUAUGAUGCCGGAGUAUACUGAUUUACGAUUUAGAUAUUUGAGUACUGUCGAAGAGUCAUGGAAACCAGUAUUGGCAUCAGAGUUAUAUGAGCAGUAUUUCAUUAACUUGUGUGAUUUCUUAACAAUAGAGAAAGAGGAAUUUGGAAAUACAAUUUAUCCUCCCGAAGAAGAAGUAUUCGCUUGGACACAAUACUGCGGUAUACAACAUGUCAAGGUUGUUAUUAUUGGUCAGGAUCCUUAUCCUGGAGAAGGUCAAGCGCACGGACUGAGUUUUAGUGUAAAAGGUCUUCAGACACUACCACCAUCACUAAGAAAGAUCUAUAAAGAAUUGAAAACUAAUAUUCGAGGAUUUGAACCGCCCAACCAUGGUGAUUUAACUUCAUGGGCAAAACAAUGUGUUUUGCUCUUGAACUCAUGUCUGACGGUUCGAGCCAAAGAAGCAGGAUCACACAAAAAUCAAGGAUGGGAGGUAUUUACUGAUGCUGUAAUUCGUCAUUUGAAUGAUAAUUACCGCAAUAUUGUAUUCAUGCUCUGGGGAGACAAAGCUAAAAUGAAGAAAAUAUUUAUAAAUGAGAAUAAACAUCUUGUAUUGUGUUGUGAUCACCCUUCUUUUAUACCUCAAACAGAUGGGGGGAAAAAGGAAAAAAGGGAACAUCCUUUUCUCGGUUGCAAACAUUUUUCGCAAGCUAACGAAUAUUUAUCAAAUCAUAGAGGAAUAAUUGGAUGGAUCAAUUGGACACGAAGAUAUUGA